UCUAAUCUCCCAAUAAAAUGGCCACCGAGAAGAAGGAGACGGCAACUGCCAGCCAGGGACCAGGGUAGGGUUUAAUUACUACUAAUUAGUAGGGGAGAGUAAUCUCUGUGGCUGUGUGCCUGUGUGUCAUUGUUCCACUCGGCCGUUGCUCCUCCUUGGUAGAAAUGGCCCCGCUUACCAGAGCCAAGGCAUCCUCCUCUCGUGUUGCGCCAAUCCUCAUCCAAAGGGACUCCGACGACUCCGACCACUACCACUCUUCUUCCUCUGAUUUUGAUGACGAGGAACAAGUUGGAGCAGGAGACUCUUCCGACGACGAGGACAUGGGAACCAAUGGACUGCCUACCUCGGAGGAACUUCACCAUGAACCUCCCAAUACAACCAGCAAUGCCCCUCCGCGCAUCACCAUCAGCCUCAAGAAAAUCUGCAAGGUGUGCAAGGGAACGGGCCAUGAGGCUGGCUUUAGUGGCGCCACCUACAUCGAUUGCCCCAGGAAGCCCUGCUACCUUUGCAAGAUGCCUGGCCAUACAACCAUGUCGUGCCCACACCGAGUGGCUAUGGAACAUGGUGUUGUCCCAGCUCCCCGAAGGAACACCAGCACCACUUUGGAUUAUAUUUUCCAGCGCCAGCUCAAUCCCAACAUCCCUAUGAUCAAACCAGCAUUCGUGAUCCCUGAUCAGUUAACUUGCGGAAUUAUCAGAUUUCAUAGUAGGCGUGUAACAUGCUUGGAGUUUCAUCCAACCAAAAACAGUGUUCUUUUGUCUGGGGAUAAGAAAGGGCAAGUUGGAAUCUGGGACUAUAGCAAGCUGCAUGAGAAGACAGUUUACAAUUCCAUACACACCUGCAUAGUUAACAACAUCAAGUUUAAUACUGAUAAUGAUGGAACAAUGUAUGCUUCAUCCUCAGAUGGGACUGUCAGUUGCACUGACCUUGAGACUGGAGUCCCAUUUGUUAUGUUGGAUCUUAAUCCAAAUGGCUGGAUAGGCCCAGCAGCAUGGCGGAUGGUUUAUGGCAUGGAUAUUAACACAGAGAAAGGUCUCGUGCUUGUAGCUGAUAACUUUGGGUGUCUUUACUUUUUGGAUACACGGUCAAGGACAAGAGCUGGAGGACCAUUUCUAAUUCAUAGAAAAGGCACUAAGGUCGUGGGACUUAACUGCAAUCCUGUUGAACCAGGUCUUCUUCUGAGCUGUGGAAAUGACCAUUUUGCUCGGAUCUGGGAUAUCCGUCGCUUGGAGGCUGGAUCUUCUCUUGAUAAUCUUCGUCAUGGUCGUGUUGUCAACUCUGCAUACUUUUCACCAAGAACUGGAAGCAAAAUCUUGACGACAUCUAUUGACAACCGAAUUCGAGUUUGGGAUUCCAUCUUCACCAAUAUGGAAUCCCCCAGCCGAGAGAUUGUCCAUAGUCAAGAUUUUAAUAGACAUUUGACUCCUUUCCGAGCAGAGUGGGACCCAAAGGAUCCUUCAGAAUCACUAGCUGUUGUUGGUCGGUACAUAAGUGAGAACUACGAUGGAGUUGCAUUACAUCCCAUUGAUUUCAUCGACACAGCUUCAGGGAAGCUUGUUGCGGAGGUGAUUGAGCCGGACAUAACAACAAUUAGUACAGUAAACAAGCUACAUCCUCGGGAUGAUGUUUUGGCAACUGGCAGCUCAAGGUCAUUGUUUAUUUGGAGGCCAAAGGAGGACAUUGAACGCAUGCAAGAGCAGCCGGGAAGGAAGGCCAAGGAGUUCAUCAUCCGCAUGGGCGACAAGAAAUCUAAGGGCAAGGGCAGCAUUGACAGUGAUGACGAUUCUGAUCUUGGUUUCAAGGGGAAAACAUCCAAAACCAAAAAAUAUGAAAAAUCCUACACAAGUGGCAAGAUCAAGAAAUCCAAAGGAGUCUGUUAAAAAGGCUCAUUUGCAUGGUUUGCUCGAGUUUUGUGAUGGUCAAUGUAUCAGAUUUUGAGCACUCUCAGCAAUGAAACAUAGCCUAAUAUUCUGGGCGAGCUACUUUUCUAACUUUUUUUUGUUUGUAUAUUAAUCGCUGUACAUGUCAUAUAUAUAUAUGGCCUCAUAUAUUUAUACAGACCGAGUUUACAGCCUUCCUCA